GCUAUAAUCCACUCGGCCACUCGACACCUGUGACGAUCUUCACGAUUUCACAACAUUAUAGGUACUAUCAAUUUCGGAACGAUAAUUGAAGUUUCCAAAACAAGGGUUUCAGAGACAGCAAUAAAAAUUAUCGUACAUCAUGAAUUUUAACUUUGGAACUCCAAAAACUACCGGUCCACCGCCUAUGUUUUCAAUGAGUUCUCCUGCAACCGCUCCUAGUGGGCAAACGCAGAUGGGAAUUUUCGGUGCUGCUACUACUACUACCCAACCUUCAGCACCAGUCUUUUCAUUGCCAUCAAGCAUGCCGGCAUUUGGAGCUUCUUCAUCAUUAUCAACCAGUACACCAGUAGCACCCGCAACAUCAAAAUCAGCUUUUAAUUUAGGAGCUAUGAAUAAACCAGCAUUUUCACUUGGACCUACUUCUAGUUUUGGUUUAUCGACAUCCACCACAUCUGCUAGUAUUCAAUUUCCAAGCAGUUCUACUGUACCCGCUAAAACUUCAGUUACAACUGGCUUUACACUUUCGACUUUAUCUGCUCCCCAAACUUCAACAACUAGUGCUACUCCAAGUUUUUCCAUAGGAGGUACAACUCAAGCAUCAACUGGUUUUUCAUUAGGAAAUACAAUAACAAAAAAUGUUUCAACUGGUUUUUCAUUUGGAGCAACAACACAAGCCUCUAUUGGCACAACACUGGCAUCUACCAGCUUUUCAUUAGGAAGUUCUAACACAACUCAACCAUCUACUAGUUUCUCUUUAGGCGGUACAAGUCAACCAUCUACUGGUUUCUCUUUGGGCAGUUCCAGUCAACCAUCUACUGGUUUCUCUUUGGGUGGUACAAGUCAACCAUCUACUGGCUCCUCUUUGGGUGGGAUAAGUCAACCGUCUACUGGCUUUUCAUUAGGCAACACAACGAGUGCAACAGGAUUUUCAUUAGGUGCUUCUAAUAUAUCUACUUCACAAACUUCAACAGUUCCAGCAACAUCAGGAAUUACUACUCAAGCCGUUGUUUCAACACAGUCUACUAGUCAAAGUAGUGCCGCUCAACCUGCAAAUUUUCAGCAAUUAGUUGAUUUGAUAAACAACUGGACGGUUAGUUUGGAAAAUCAAGAAAAGCAAUUUUUAAAUCAAGCAAAUGAGAUAACUGUAUGGGACAAUAUGCUUACAAAUCAGUCAGCUAAGCUGGUGAAACUUUAUGAUAUUUUAGAACGUAAAGAAAAGGAACAAGUAGAUAUUGAAAAUGAAUUAGAUUUUCUAUUAUCGCAACAGAAAGAACUAGAAGAUUGUUUAGUUCCACUGGAACAAGAAAUACAAUCUGCUGAAGUAUUAAGUAGCAUGAACAAUGAAAGAGAACCUAUAUAUAAAGCUGCACAAGAAAUUGAUAAUCAAGUAAAACAAAUGUCUGGUGAUAUUAAAGAAAUUGUGAAUAAUUUAAAUAAAGCAAAUUCAAAAAAAGAUUCAGAUGACGAUCUAGAUACAAUUUGCCGUAUUCUUAAUUGCCAUAUGACUGCUUUACAAUAUAUAGAACAUAAUGCUGAAAAUUUAAGUACAAUGGUAUCAGAAGUCAACGAAGAACAUUCUAGAUUUUUAACAGCAGCAAAUGAUCAUUCCUUUAUGUCUUCAUUUAGAAAAUAGUAAAUCAAACACUUGACAUUUCAGUUCAAUAUUUUAUGUGUUUUUUUUAUUAUAUAUAUAUAUAUACUUUUUAAUAUUGAAAUUGGCAUCCAUUAAAUUAUUUAAAGGUUAAAGGUAAAUUACUUCUGUCAAUAUUAUUCAAUUUAUAAUUAUUUUUCAUUGCAAUUUUUUCUACAUUGUAAUAUAAUUAAUAAAGUAAUAAUUAAUCAACUGAGGUGAUUAUUAAAAUCUGGUUGAUUUGUUUGGUAGUCUUUUUUAGAAAUAUACGUUAAUUUUUAUGAAUUCCUGACCAUUUUGCAAAUUGUAUUAUAAAUUUAAAAAAAUAUAUAUGAUCAAUCCACACAGUAAUUAAUAAAAAGUUAAAAUUCUAUUGAUUCAUAUAUUUGUGUGCAAUUAAGAAGCAUCUAUUCAAACUAAUUGUUUAUAAACAGUCACUAUAUGAUUACAAUGACGAUAUGGUAUACAUUUUUAUUUCUAAAAUAGAUUCAUUAUGACUUGUAAUAUUUAAUAUAGGUCCAAUACACAUAUUGGCUUUGUUGUUAAGUACAUUAGCCAAUAACUGAUGAUUAGAAACAAAACUCACAUUUUUAUCUAAUGUUUUAAUAUUUAUAUUAUUGGUUGGAAUAAUAAAUAAAACAAUUGUAAUCAAGUA